GGUCCCGGAGUCUGUUACACAGGCCACGAGGCCCCUUCGGCUUACAGCAGCGUCUCCUCUGCACUUGCUGUGCAAAAGCUGAGUGUCUGUCUGCGGAGAUUGCGGCCCUGGCCUCAGACAGCAGACAGCCGGCCAGCGAGCAGCUCGACGAUCGGUACUCACCCCAGCAGCAAGCCACCAUCCUGCACAUGCUGAACACGGCCACGCAGGAGGAACUGGCAAAGGUCAAGCUGCUCCGGGGGAGAAAGUCUGCCAACCUGGUGACUCACCGAACUAAGCGUGGGCCCUUCACAGACAUCCAGAGCUUGACGGAGGUGCCUCUGUUCAAAGAGAAAACAAUAUUGAAGGUUUGCCAAUCCAUCCUGAAUCCCGACCCUGAGUCCGAGAGGAAAGAGAAGCGGCUUCAGGGGCUGAAGUUUAUCAAACCUGACAUUGAAAAGAAACAACUUCAGAAUGCAAAGAGUAUUGUGUCGAUUGUAUUUGGAAUCCGUAAGAUUGCCUGGACUCACAUGGACCGGAGCCUCACUGUGCUGGACUGGCAACAAGAGGAGAGUCACAGGUAUAUGACGGGCACCUACCUGCCCUCUGUGUACCUGGAGGAGGUUUCAUUGGCAGUCUCCAAGAUUCCGCCGGCGGAUUACUUUGUCCUGGAACGUCCCAGCAUUUCCAUUCAAAACACCAACCUGUUUCCCGUCACCCUCCACCUGCGCACCAUUGAGUCCAUGCUGCACGGGCUGCUGGGUGGCCAGUUUGUACAGGACAGGCAUCACCGGGUGCUGAGUGUGGUACGCAGCGCCGUGGGCAAGCACUUUGGACUGAUGGUGGGCGAGUCUCGGACCAGUGGCAGGGACCUGGUGCAGAGGCUCAUGUCUGACUCGGUGACAAAGGAUCACCCACGCGUGGCUUUCCCUCGCGACAUGCUAGCCCGCUACAGGAAACUCAUACACACAGUUGGCCCACAUCGAGCAGAGGAAAUGUGCGACGCCUUGCUGCAAGCUGUAGCUUUUUACGAAUUUGUAUUCAGUGAACUUUAAAUACUCAAAUCAAUUAAACAUGUUUCCCUCCUCGCGUCAGUACCUUCAACUUAAACUGGUAUGUGUUGUUCUGUUGCCCAGACUAUCAGCAGGUGGCUACGAAUAGGUCUGUGUAGCUCAACUCCAGGGGACACUUUGCCACUGAGGUCUUUUCCUCAUUAGAAUGAAGAUAUUAUUGAUUCUGAAACAAACUCUUUAAAACUUAUCUCAGGUUAGCGGGAAAACAGCUGAACUCAGAGUGAUUAAAGGUAAUUCUUUUGUAGUAAGCUCUGGUGUUUGUUAAUGAAGUGUUGGCUGGAGUAUAUGCAUUUGUCUGUAUACAGCUAUAAGAAGCUGACUUUGUUCAAGUAGUGCUGCUGAAGGAAUCAAAUACUAUGUGUUGCAUUACAAGAUAAGGAAAUUACACAUCUGCACAUCUACUCAUGGGCUCAUUGCAACCCAUCCUUUGGUCCAAAACAAAAUACGUGGCAGUGAAAGUAUUCAUCAGCUAACUGUAUUGUGAAGUUGGUGUUAACGUGUUGAUUCAAACACACGGCUCUGUAAUUAUUUUUAAAAAAUGGGUUGCGAGUGGCUCUAAUUCUAAGAAUAUCUGAGAGAACAGGAAGCGCAAGGCGAGGCAAGAACACAACUAGGGUCUCAAGUUACUGUCAGAUAUAGAAGUAGCUCAGUGGUCAGGUUUUGGUAACAAGGCUGGGUUAGGUCAGUGUUCAAUCUUCUUUUAAAAAAAACCAUCAAAAUGAUGUUUGAUUAGAAAAAAAUCUAGAAAUAUUCAAGCAAGAGAAUUGAUUUGUCAGCCGACCAUUAGUGUCUCUCCAGGAAUCUGGAGCCUCGCGACAUCUCCCACUUGCUUCUGGCCAGAAUCAGCACUGGAGUUGAUGAAUUCAGAUGAAGGAAAGCCUUCACCCCAUUAGAUCCUCCAGAUAUACCUUCCUGUUGCUACACAUUGCCCUGCUCGGUCUUAAUAUU